AUGGCCAGAACCUACCCCUGCUGCCUUGUGGGAUGCCAGCCAGACACACCUCCGGGCUUUCUGGGGAGCGUUUCAGGGAUGGAGGACUUCAGUUUGCAUCAGAACCCAGCUUUGGGAAGCUCUGCUCCCACCCUAACUAGGUUCCUCGCCGAGAGUCGCUGCGGUUUCCUGCUUCAACAGUGCUUGAACGGAACCCGGCGCUCGACCCCCAUCCCGGCCGCCCGCUUGGAGCCACCAACCUCCCACCACCUCUCUCUCUCUCCACCGCGCCCUCGGACCGCCCCGGGGCCUCCGCCACCGCUCCUUCACCGUGCCGCCGCCAUGACGACCGCAUCCCCCUCUCAGGUGAGCCAGAACUACCACCAGGACUUGGAGGCCGCCAUCAACCGCCAGAUCAACCUGGAGCUCUAUGCCUCCUAUGUCUACCUGUCCAUGUCUUACUACUUUGACCGAGAUGAUGUGGCUUUGAAGAACUUUGCCAAAUAUUUUCUUCACCAAUCUCAUGAGGAAAGGGAACAUGCAGAGAAACUGAUGAAGCUGCAGAACCAGCGAGGUGGCCGCAUCUUCCUGCAGGAUAUCAAGAAACCAGACUACCGUGAUGACUGGGAAAAAGGGCUGAAUGCAAUGGAGUGUGCAUUGCACUUGAAAAAAAGUGUGAAUCAGUCACUACUGGAACUACACAAACUGGCCACUGACAAAAAUGAGCCCCAUUUGUGUGACUUCAUGGAGACUCAUUACCUGAACGAGCAGGUGAAAUCCAUCAAGGAAUUGGGUGACCACAUCACGAACUUGCGCAAGAUGGGAGCCCCUGAAUCUGGCAUGGCGGAGUAUCUCUUUGACAAGCACACUCUGGGAGACAGUAACAAUGACAGCUAAGCCUCAGG